AUGGCAACCCCUUUGUUAUCCUGUCAUCUUUCUUCCUUUUUCAAAGACAGUCAUUUUCGAUCUCAGCUGCAAUCCGCUUCCGAUAAAACCACGAUUAAUCCUGUUCAAAAGCUUCUUGCCUAUGAUCCUCCAGAUGAUGUAAGGGAGAAGAUUCGCUCCAUAGUAUCUAAAAUAAUUGGAGAAGACGUUAUAAAUAUUGAAGAAUACACGUUCAAAAACGCAGAGGAAAAAUAUAAGGUUUUAAUCUCCUGCAUGAAGGAAUUUAGCCACCAAAUUACCAACAGUGUAUUGCAUGAGCUCAACGGCGCAUCUCCCCUCAUAGAUUACUUUAAAAAGCCUGUUGCCUUGACUGAUGCAUUGCACAGACUUACAGAGAAAAAGACUUUACUCCCUCCCAAUUUAUCAAUUAUGAAUGAACCUAUCCGUUUUGAUCCUCAAGGCAGCCACUUUGGUCUUAGUGCCUACCCUGGAAGCUCUACUAUUGUAAAUAAUCUUGAUUCCCUUCAAAAAUACAAAAGCUUCAAGGCAGAUAAAACAAGAAAAGUUCGCAUCUCAAGACGCUAG